AUGAGUGUUUCUAUGAAAUUUUGUCCCGAAUGCAACAAUCUACUCUACCCAAAAGAAGAUAAGAAGCGCAAGAUCCUACUCAGUGCCUGUCGCACCUGUAGUUACACGGAGGUGGCGGAAAGUAACUGCGUGUACAGAAAUGUGAUAAAUCAUGAUUCAGAUUAUGAGCGACCUAAAGAUAUGCGAGAUGCUUAUGCAGAUCCCACACUUCCUCGAGAAAAGGGCGUCAAAUGUCCUGCCUGCAACCAUCCAAAAGUUGCAUUCUCCUUGAUUAACCCGAGGAAAAGCCUAGCACGGAUGAAUGCUUGCUGCAACCCGAGCUGCGGUCAUAACUGGAGGGAUGAUGAUGAAAGCAUUGCUUAA